GAGAAAAAACCAGAGACCACAGCUUUAAUUAUUCUCUCUACGCAAACUAAACAAUCUCUCCCUCUUCUUGAUCUCCUCAAUCGUUCCUUUAAAACCUUUUCAGCCUCACCGGAAAACCACCUCGUCAUGCCGGAUACCGGUGGAGGUGGCUGUUGUAGGUGCUGUUGUAGCUUCAUAUUCACUUUAGGGCUGACAUCACUUUUUAUGUGGCUCAGCUUACGUACUUCAUCACCUGAUUGUCUACUUAGACAAUUUUAUAUUCCUCUUAACCAAACCUCAAACCUUACAAAACUUGAGUUUGAACUUAGGUUUAAAAACACCAACAAAGACAAGGGUGUGUACUAUGAUCCUAUAAACGUUACAUUUUUCGACAGUCCAAAUAGGUCCCACUUUAUUGGGAAUUUUACUAUACCAAAGUUUUAUCAGGGGCAUAAAAAGAAGGCUACAAAGAAUUUUACCAUUCCAAAUAUUGACCGGAAAGUGGUUGUCCAGGCGAUUCCUGCAGUAAAUGGGUCGACGACGACGUCUUUCAGGGUGGAUUUGGCUACUUCAGUGAGGUACAAGAUUCUUAUGUUCAAAACUAAGAGGGAUAAGAUCAGGGUAGGGCUUGAUUUUGAUGUCAAUGGUACCGUUGUUAAAGUCAACCGCAAAGAUUUAAAGCUCAAGUCUAAUGCAAAUAAGAUUAGGAGCUAUUACGGGCAAAUGGGAGUUCUUCUUGUUAAUUUCUUGGUUUUAGGCUUGCUUGGUUUUUGGUGAUUUUUAGAUGGCAUUAUUUCUACUUUCUUGUAGCAUGUUUGGAUUUUGUGAUGAUUUUUUUAUAUAUAUUUUUAUUUCUUGGAAAUCCUUUUGUUGCUGUUGUCGUUGUCACUAACAGAUUGUAUCUUCAAUUUAUACAUGGAAGUUGUGGUUUAUUUUUUUA